CGCUCUCAGUCGUCACCGCAUCCAUCUUCCGAACGCACGAUCUAAUGGGCGAAUUCGACGAAUACAAAUAAUGUGCGUUUUUCAGUUAAUUUGUUUGUAACUUACGAUCUCUGCAUGCCGCAUACGUAUUGAUAUUACGUAUUACGCUUUCCGGCCGAUGAAGACUUGUGCCUUAUGAACCUUGCAUUCCGAAUGUUCCAGUCGACAAGUUUGUUGUUGUCUGUGAAUAAGGACAAUAGAAGACUUUGGUUUAUAUGGUGUUUGUAGACGAGGAGAUUAGCCAGCUGAAUUGCUCUAAAGAAAGAGAGUAACCGUUGACGUUCCACGAAGCAUUAGUCAUCACAGUAAAAAGACUGCACGCAUUGUAUCUCAAAUAUUACUGUGAAACGGAUGUCGAUAUGAGGUUAGACUCCGUGUUACUCCGUGCUGUAAACGGAUCUCAUGUUCUACCCUUCUGCGUUAGACGUUAAAGUUAAAUAUUAAAAGUUACGGUCAGACUUAUCACUUCUGUGUUGAAUGGACUAUGAUAAUAUGGACUGUUGAAAAGCGUAGUUCUCACAUACAGUGUUGAUAAGAUCUGGUGCUUCAUCUGUGUGUUAAUGCGUGUAUGCCAUUUGUGUGUCAUGUUUCCACCUCGAUGAAAUUGGGAAGUGUAGAAUCAUGACGGAUCCAGAAUAUGAUAUGGGUCCUGCGACCGAGGUGAAAUAUCCAGUACCUCCUGAAUUUGAUGACGAGCAAACAUUAGACGAAGAAGAAGCUUUAGAAGGUAGUGAAGAUUCUCACGAGUUGUCCAAUUUGCAAAAGGAAGGUGACAUGCCACUAAAAGAUCUGCUUGCCAUGUACGGGUACGGCGACCCCUCGACGGAGAAUUCGGACAGUUCCGAUCAUAUGUUACUGCCGUCCGGAAGUGGCGAUCCUGAGACUGAGGAGCGCUACUCAGACAAGGGUGACAACGACGCGGAUGACGACGACGACGAUGACGAGGCCGAUGCAAACAGCAACGAGCCGGAUCUUAAGCAAUUCUAUACAGAGAUGCUGGUGAAGGGGAAAGAUAAGACAUCGUCGAUUCCGUCGACGAAGAGCAACAGCGGCGUUGGAACGGCCAGCGGGGACAGCAGAAGACAUAGAAUUGACGAUGACGACGACGAGGAUGAAGACGCCGAAGCUGAAGAAUGCACGAUGACGGCUUCUCGAAGCGGCAAUAGUAACACUAGAUCGUCACCUACGGCUGUGGGAACCAAUGCCGUCGCGUGCACCGGCAUGGUCAGUCUAGGAGGGUGCUCAGCGACCGACGCCCCUAACAGUGCUGUAGAAGGGGCUACUAGCGGAGCAAUAGACGUGCCAGAAGACGGGAUUGUCAACGCUGGAAUCGGAAGUGGUAGUUCGAGACUUUUACGAAGUGUUUCGCGACCACAAAGCGAGGAAGAAGAAGACGACUGCGAUUACAGUCCGGACGAGGAAGAGUGGAAGAAGACUAUCAUGGUUGGUAGUGAUUUUCAAGCUGCAAUACCGGAAGGCCUGUGGUUCUACGAUGACGCAUUGCCGUACGAAAAUGAAGAUAAACUGCUUUGGGACCCCACUCCAAUAUCUGAAGAAGAUACAAAUGAGUUCUUAGAACGCGCGCAACUUCCGGCGGUAAAAGGCUCGUUACCGGCUGGAUCCCAUAUCAGAGAUGACGAACAGGCAUUGUAUCUUUUACUGCAAUGUGGCUACAAUCUUGAGGAGGCUUUACGAAGACGCAGAAUGAACGUGGUACCAUCGACGGAAACAGUGAGUCUCUGGUCAGAAGAGGAGUGUCAUAAUUUCGAAUCGGGAUUGCGGACCUAUGGGAAAGAUUUCCAUCUUAUACAGAAAAAUAAGGUCAGAACGAGAUCUGUCGGAGAAUUAGUGCAAUUUUAUUACUUGUGGAAGAAAACUGAGCGACAUGACAUAUUCACGUACAAAGCUCGAUUAGAAAAGAAAAAAUACGCGCUACAUCCUGGUAUCACCAGGGACUAUAUGGACCGAUUCCUCGAGGAACAGGAGGGGGUACGAGAUCGCAGCAGCUCGCCGAACGUUAAUUACUUGCUGUACGGCGACGCCAAGCGGCAGAGGUCCAACGUCAACGUCACCAACAACGACGAGACCAAAUCAUCCGAGACUUGGGAUGGCAACCCUGUUGAUCCUCUGGCAGACAUCAAUGGUCCCACGCCGCCUCCACCUCCGCCACCUCCGCCGCCACCACCUCUGGCAACGUCCGCUGCGACCACCAUUUCCUCAACUCUAUGCAGUUCCAAUGCUUUAAACACACCAACAUCGUACUGUCCGUCAUCUACUCGUCAUCCGGACAGCUCUUCGUCUGAGUCUGACUGUGCGAACUCGCUGAUAUGGAAUGCUGCUACAGCGUCUCGAACUCAAGCUACCUCCUCCGUCAUCACGACGAUUACGAUCAAUACCACUACAGCCAGCACGUCUGCAGCGGCGGUCACAUCUGUCAGCUCGAUGAACACAGUUACCACUAGUUCCACCGCCAGCACCGCCGCCGCAGUCUCUAACAAUUAUUACCAUCAGCGAGUGACGUCGUCCAGGAGCAACGAUUCCCAUGACUCGCCCUCGCCGGAGAACAUUUUACCUCAUCUGCCUCCUUAGCGUCUAACCCGACCUUCAGGUGUUCAACCUGAAAGGCGGCGGAUGUCCUUGCGAGGUGUGCCUAACUCGGCACUCACACCAUCGCUAUUGUCGUAACGCAUAAUAUUCGUUAAUAUCAAGGAUUAUAUUUUUAUACGUAUCGUAAUAUGAUUAUCAAUCGUCCUUAGCGUGAGUGCGCGGUGUACAGUGGUGCGUAAAUUGGAGAGACGCACGAUGAGGUUCGAGAACAUGUCACUGUACGAAAGGUACAAUAGUUGAAGAAGCAAGAAAUAAAAGACGCGAGUCACUGUAAAACUUUCUUUCUAUUUUUCUCCUCUCUGUCUCCAUACAUACAUAUUCUAUAGGAAAGGAAGAUAUAUCUCGAAAAAACUUGUUGAGAAAAUGUAGAUGGGUCAGUGGAGGGGUAGAAUAGUGUUACAUACCGCGUGUGAAAAGUUAUGUAGAUAGAUUAUUGUACUACGUAAUUGAUCACGAUGCAACUUGUCGAAAAGCGUGUCUGUCUUUUCAGAUCAACAGUAUAUUUAUAACAAUCAUGAAAUCUCCCUUGUGAAACAAUUUGUCAUUCCGUAAAAUACAAAACUCUAUGAUCAUUGGAACCGGUUGAAUUAAGUGAGAGUCAAUAGAAACAUAAUCAUCAUUAUUUUAACGUAAAGAACGCGCGUAAUUGGCGGUUCUAAUGAUUCGUUUUGUCCAUCGUUAAGUGUAGUUGGCUGUGUAUAAAAUUAUAUAGUUUAUAUUCUCACAUUUUCCUAGAAACUAUUUAAGGAUCACAAAACAUUUCUAAUUUACUGGAUAUGUGCAUUGCUUUAUGUUCAAUCAUUUAUAAAUAGUGUUGAUAUAAAAGUACACGCUAAAUUAAAAAUA